UUUUUUUGUCUGCGAGUGAGAUCAUUGAGUAACCUUCCUGUGAUCAGAGGGUGAUGUGGAUGGACAGACUCACGUGUUGCAGUGUGUGCACAGCAUCCUGACCAUCAUCACCCUGACCAGCCAUCCUCCUGGACAGCCAGCCUCUCUCCAGCAGGGACUCUCCUUCAUUUGGAUCUGAUUCUCUGUUUUCUUUUUUUUUUUUCAUUUGCAUUUCUACACAUUAUUAUUUUUUCUCUUUUGGAGCCACUCUGGUGGCUGGUGGGCUGAGACCCACUCUGAUCUUUUGGAUUUCCUAUUCUUUCUCUUGGGGGUGUCACAAAAUCCGCAAAGCUGUAUCCGACUGGUGGAUCGCUCGAUUUUUCCCACAUUAUGAUGCAAGGGGAUGGACGGAGGAGAAGAAAUGAUAAUUAUUUCGAUGAUAUACCAAGGUCAAAACUUGAAAGACAGAUGGCUCAGAGUAAAUAUGAUUUUCAGACAGGAGAUUGGGGAGAACCUUCCAUCAGCCUGCGAGCCCCCAACGAAACCACAGGCUCCAUACCAUUCCAGUACUGGCAGCAUCAUCCCGAAAAACUCAUCUUCCAAGCAUGUGAUUAUAAAGCAUAUAGCAUGCCAUUUGGGGGAAAAUAUGGACCCAUUUUAAAACCCGUACCUCACCCCCAGUGUUCCUGGUCUGAGAUGAUAAAGUAUUUAGGAUCAAUGCUGAUAAAGGAAUUGAGGGGGACGGAGUCAACACAAGAUGCCUGUUCGAAAAUGAGGAAAUCAACAGAGCAAAUGAAGAAAGUCCCCACAAUUAUCCUAACGGUUUCUUACAAAGGAGUGAAAUUCAUGGAUGCAGCAAAUAAGGCAAUUAUUGCCGAACACGAAAUCCGCAAUAUAUCAUGUGCUGCACAGGAUCCAGAAGACCUCUCUACGUUUGCAUAUAUCACAAAAGAUUUGAAAUCGAAUCUCCAUUAUUGUCAUGUGUUCACAGCGUUUGAUGUGAAUUUAGCCUAUGAGAUCAUCCUGACUUUAGGACAAGCGUUUGAAGUAGCUUAUCAGCUCGCAUUGCAAGCCAGGAAAGGCGGACAUUCCUCAACACUUCCAGAGAGCUUUGACAGCAAGCCAACCAAACCUAUCCCCAAACCUCGAGUCAGUAUCCGAAAGGCAACGAUAGAUCAACCAGAUCAAAAGACUCUUGCUAAUCUGCCUUGGAUCGUUGAACCAGGACAGGAAACAAAACGGGGGAUCAGCACCAAGUACGAGACCACCAUCUUCUAAUAUCAGCUUGCCCCUUCUCCUCGGUGUGCCUUCGUACACUUGCUCAUGUUUAAACGUGCAAACGGCAGCCUGCUAUCAAGCGCAGAAUAACAAGCCUUUGACGCGGACUGUACGGCAUCAAUGAACAGCAUUAUUUUACCAACACUAACAAAACUCAAAAUACUGCCAAGAAAAGGAAUCUUAUAUUUUUUUGAUAUUUUUUUUUUCUCUCUUGUAAUCUUAAUCACAGUGUUUCUUUAUUUUAUUUUUAUUUGUUUUACCUCUGGAUUUACUGGAAAAAAAUGAUUCUUCAUGUACAUUUUGUUAUAUUUUGUUUCAUUUCGCAGUUGGUUUGUGGCAGUGAUAUCAUUCUACAGCCUCCUGAAGCAGUAUUUGGACUUAGCCUUGUAAUUAAGUAUUAAAAGAAAAAAGUAAAAAAAAAAGAAAAAGUAAUAAUAUUAUGGAACUUUGAACCUGCCAAGAAAUCGAUUCAUUUUUUCAAGUGCAUCUUUCUAUCUAACUAUUGUAUGUGAUUUAAUUACGGAAAUAGUGCUCAACGUUUCGGAAAAGGAACUGGGUUUGGAACAAUGUAAAGAGUUCUUUGUAUAAUAUUUUAUAGGCUAUUGAAGUUGAAGCCUUGUUACUAAAUUGUAAAAAAAAAAUUCUAUUACUGUAUCCAUAAAGAAUAAGAUAUUGUCAGUAAAAUGACGCAAAAAAAGA